UGUCACUGUGUGUAUACAUCCUAAGCCGUAUCAUUCGAUCAAUUUCGAUGUGAUGUGUGUGAUUCAUAUUAAUGUGCCGGUGCUGGCUGUCAGUGUCGUGUGCCGGGUGGUAUAAAAUGUACAUUAAAAAGCCGUUUUGACAUCCAAGACAGUUCAUUCGGAAUUGGAAAUCAAGUGUCGGUGGUGGCGUGUUGAAAGGUUAGAUAAGAAGUAAUUUAGCGGCAAUUGAAAUUAAUUAAAAAUUAAGAUGGCGCAGAACGGAUUCUUGAAACAGAAACCAGGCUUUGCCACAAUCGCCAUACACGCUGGACAAGAACCUGAAAAAUGGAACAGCGCGGCCGUAGUACCACCGAUUGUUAUGUCCACUACUUUCAAACAACCGGCUCCGGCUGAACAUACGGGUUUUGAGUACGGGCGGUCAGGAAAUCCCACUAGGAAUACUUUAGAAGAAUGCCUUGCAGCACUAGACGGUGGAAAACAUGGUUUUACUUUCGCUUCGGGUCUCGGCGCGAUGUCAACAAUUGUGAUGCUGCUCAGUAAAGGCGAUCACAUAGUUUCCAUUGAUGAUGUUUACGGUGGCACGAACCGUCUUUUAAGACAAGUUGUUACAAGAAUGGGGAUCGAUGUCACGUUUACAGACACUACAGUCCCUGGAAAUUUAGAAAAAGCAAUUCAAAAAAAUACCAAGAUGCUUUGGCUAGAAUCGCCAACAAACCCGAACAUGAAAGUUGUAGAUAUUGCAGCAGCAGUGAAAACAGCAAAGAGUCUCGGUGACAUUAUUGUCGUUGUAGACAACACAUUCCUUACACCUUAUUUACAAAAGCCAUUGGACUUUGGAGUGGAUAUCGUUUUAUAUUCCUUAACAAAAUAUAUGAAUGGCCAUUCCGAUGUAGUUAUGGGAGCAGCGGUUGUCAACGAUGAAGUUCUAGCAGAUAAAUUGCGAUUUUUACAAAAUUCUAUGGGAAUCGUUCCAUCGCCUUUUGAUAGUUAUUUAGUCAAUAGAAGUUUGAAAACAUUGGCAUUGCGUAUGGAGCGUCAUAAGGAAUCAGCACUUGUGGUUGCCAAAUGGUUAGAAUCACAUCCCAAGGUUAUCGAAGUAAUGCACCCAGGCUUGCCAUCACACAAACAUCACGAUAUCACCAAAAAGCAAACGAGUGGUCAUUCCGGAGUAUUCAGUUUCAAACAUUGUGGUGAUUUAAAAGAAUCAAGAAAGUUUUUAAGUUCGCUGAAAGUAUUCACAUUGGCAGAGAGUUUGGGAGGAUAUGAAAGUCUUGCGGAAUUACCCUCACUAAUGACACAUGCAUCAGUGCCCGAAAAGCAGCGCGAGGAACUAGGUAUUACGCAUGCACUGAUAAGGCUUUCAGUGGGCUUAGAAGAUGUGGAAGAUCUCCUAGCGGAUUUGGACAGUGCGUUCAAAGUAGCAUUUGAAUGAACUAGAAUGCUUUAAUUAAACAGACAAUCUCUUAUUCGUUUAUUUUGUUAUUUAAAUUAGUAUUUUACUAUUGUUAGACGGUACAGCUAUGAGACGCAGG